GACUGAAAGUAGGGAAGUAGACGCGUACAAGCUAGAAAUACAAAGUACAGACCAGACUCUCUUUCUCUCUCUGUUUUUCUCAAGUUUGCUCAUUUGCUGACGACGGCGACAAAUAUCAGGUGCCAUUAGCAACAGUCGAAUUUCUUUCUACUUAACUUCAAGUAACAUUUCUCUACUCCUCAACUCUCCGAUUACUAAGUUUCAGUUUGGAUGGCAAAAGAGAUUGGUUAACUUGUGGCAUUCUUUUGAUGGAAACCAUCAAACCUUUGUCAGAGGCUGUUCAAAGUAUAGUGCGCUCAGGGUUCAUCAUCAGCUGUUUAACAACUGUUGUUGAAGAGCUCAUAUAUAACAGCUUAGAUGCUGGUGCAACAAAGGUAUCUGUAUCUGUAGCUGUUAACAAUGGCUAUAUUAAAGUAGAAGAUGAUGGAUCUGGUAUUAGCCGGGAUGGACUGGUGCUGCUGGGAGAACGAUAUGCAACAUCAAAACUUCGGCAUUUUCAUGAAAAAGAUGAUUUUGUGGGAAGCUUUGGAUUUCGUGGAGAAGUUCUGUGCUCAAUUGCUGACAUCUCUUUAGUGGAAGUUGUAACAAGAGUUCAGGGGAGGCCCAAUGGGUAUCGCAAAGUCAUGAAGGGUCGUAAAUGCCUUUGUCUCAGUAUUGAUGAUGAUAGGCAAAAUGUUGGCACAACUGUAAUUGUUCGUGAUUUAUUUUACAAUCAACCUGUACGGAGAAGACAAAUGCAGCACAGUGUCAAGAAAGUUCUGCACUCAGUUAAAAAAUCUGCGUUACGGAUUGCCCUUGUGUUGCCUAAUAUUUCCUUCAAAGUCAUUGAUAUGGAGAGUGAAGAUGAACUGCUUUGCACACGUAGUAGCCCUUCUCCUUUGUCACUUAUGUGCAGCAAUUUUGGUAUCGAAGCCGCUAGUUUAUACAAGAUGAGCUUUUCAGAAGGACCGUUAAAACUUACAGGAUACGUGUCUUCUCUGUCGAGUUCUUUCUCAUCAAAGAUUGAUAAUGUUUUGCAGGUCAUUCAAUAUAUAUAUGUCAACUCCAGGUUUGUGGUUAAAGGCCCAAUUCAUAAGCUCCUGAAUCAUCUGGCGGAUAUGUGCCAUGACCAGUUGGGAGGUGACCGAGGUGGAAAGAGAGGUCAGCCUCAAGGUCCACUGUACUGUUUGAAUCUAAUCUGUCCUCUCCAUUCGUACGAUCUGAAUCUUGAAUUUUCAAGGGCAUCUGUCGAAUUUAAGGAUUGGGUUCCUGUACUUGCAUUUGUGGAAAAAUCAGUCACGCCCAUGUGGAGUAAGGAAGUAAAAAGGGGGAUUUCUCAUAAUCUUGAAGCUGACCACAUCAGGAAAGAUGACAUAAAGAAAGUAGUUGAAAAGACUUCUUGUGAGGAAAAAGAUUGGUGGUUGAAGACCUGUGAAAAUUCUACAAAGAGACGUAGGAUCCAGAACACUGAGGAUCAGCAUGCAUGCACUGAAGAUUCACUGGGAAUGCCCGUAGAAGACUGCGGCAACUUGUCUGUUUGGAAGAACAAUUGUAGACAACGCACGAAUCCAGAAAGAAUCACUGCAAAAUUUGGGGAAUCGGACACCGAGAAGGAGUUCCUUCAUCGGACAGAUUUUACUGGUCACUCUAACAGUAUCUUUAAUGUAAGGGAUGGUAUUGGCAUUGAUCUGUUAGAUCCUGAUAACGGACUGGCGAAUAGAGAUCUUUUAAGAAAUGAUAUCAGUACUAUGGAUAAAGAGGCCAAUUAUGCAAACAAUUGUCUUUCCAGUUCAAGAUGGCAGGAUGAAGCCAGUGUAGAAACUCCAUUUGUUCGUAACCAUAAAAUAGGAAGCGUUGGGAGUUUUGAGUACAUGCCAGAGAAUGACAGGAAUAGGGCUAAUGAUGAUCAGAGGGAGUUUCUUUUGCGAAGUUACUCGUGGGAAAAUUCACUUCAUACACCUCUGGACUGUGAUAAGGAGUACCAGUUUCAGACUGACAAUUUUAAGGCUAAUAGAAACUGUAACAAUUCCUAUGAAAAUGAAGAUGCUGAUAGUCUUAGUCGGAACUUUCAUAUUCAUCAACGAGCUCAGUGUCAGAGUGAGGUGACAAAUCUUUGGCCACUCCCUCAAUCCUAUAUAGGAUGCCGUACAAGGAAAGGUCUUGAUCUGGAUCAUAUGGAAUGUGACUAUUCAUUGCCUUCCUGUGUAAGAUCCUUUGACAGAGAGUACCAUUUAGAGUCUCCAAGUAAACCAGGCGCAUCGCUCUUCCCUUGCUCACCAGAAAACUUUUGUCUGCAAUCUGCAACUACAUAUCCUUUCCUGAAAGUGAAAGGUUGGGAUUUUGACAAUUUUAUUCAGAAUGAAGGUUUUGAGAGGAAGCCAGGAGUAAGAAAUAGUGAUGCUUUUGAGCAGUCUAAUUAUGAAAAGGAUGAAUUUUAUAGCGCCGGUCUUGGUAAUAGGUGUAGCAAUACAAAUUUCACUUCAACAAGUUGUUUGAAUUCUACAUCUCUCUUUACAAAUGAAUACACAGAGGUUGAAAAAGCCAGUUGGGAAUUUUCCCCACAUGGGCAUAAUAAUGUUGAUAAAAUGUCCUCUGUAAACUUUGGUGUUCCCUUGUUUGAAGACAUAUAUUCACCAUCUCCAGACAGAAGGCGUAGAGACUCAUCAGUCUGCUGGAGUCCAUUUUUACCCUCCAACAAAGGAAUCCAAAUGGAUCUGCAAAGAUUUCAAGAGUUUGGGCAGGAUAGUAUUCCUACUGAAAGGUCAGGGAGGAGUUAUGACAGUCCUGAUGGCCUACUUAUUGCCAGACAUGACUCUACGGUAACAAAUGAAACAAUUUCUCCAUGUCUAGAUUUUCAAAGAAAAUUAAGUUCAUAUAAACCAUCACCGUGUUUUUCAUCUGGAACUGAUGGUAAACGCCCCAAACUUGAUCAUCCAAGAUGUGAAGUUUAUGAACAAAAUCACAGCUCUUUGGAAUCAGGAAGCUCUGUGAGACCAAGAAGAAGCCAUUCAGCUCCUCCAUUUUUUAGGGGCAGAAAGAGAUUUCUCUCAGUAAAGAGUUCAUUGAUUUCUCCAACUGAAAAUUCGGACUUGCGGACAGCUCCUCAAGUUUGUACUGUCUCAGAAAAUGCCAAGUCGAAGAACCCACUUAUACCAGCACCGUCUUCUAGUAUAAGUUCCCAGCAUGAAGAGAUGAGAUUUGGGGAAGAUUCCCUGUUCUUUGUCGAACAAAAGGGGGACGAUACCUCAAAUAUCACACAAGCUACUAGUGCUUGGUCACUAGAUGGCAAAACAGAGGCUGCCUGUUUCAGCAUUGGCUACUUGAAGGACUUUCAGGAUUCUGAAACUUCAGAAACUAAGUGGCGAGAAGGUUGCCCAGAUACUAGAUUUAAGGAGAUUGCCAACUGUCUAAGAGCUGGAGAUAGGUUAAAUGACCUUAAAGCGGAAAAUGAAAUACUGGAUAUUCACUCUUGUAUGCUUGAUAUUGCUGGGGAUUCAUUAGUUCCGAAAUCUAUCAAUAGAAAUGGCUUGCAGAAAGCAAAGGUGCUUGUGCAGAUUGAUAAUAAAUAUAUUCCAAUUGUGGCGAAUGGAACCUUAGCAGUAAUUGAUCAGCAUGCUGCAGAUGAGAGAAUCCGACUUGAAGAAAUGCGUCACAAGGUUCUUUCUGGUGAAUUGAAGUCAAUAAACUAUCUGGAUAAAGAGAAAGAUUUGGUUUUACCUGAAAUGGCCUACCAGCUACUGUGCAAUUAUGCUGAUCACAUAAAGCAUUGGGGAUGGAUAUGCAACAUUUUCUCUCAAGAUUCUGGAUCAUUUGCAAAGAAUCUAAGUUUUUUAAAUGAGCGGGCAUCUGCUCUCACACUUAUUGCGGUACCAUGUAUUUUGGGUGUAAACUUGUCUGAUACAGAUUUAGUGGAAUAUCUUGAGCAACUUGCUGACACUGAUGGAUCAUCAACAAUUCCACCAUCUGUAGUUCGAGUCCUAAACAACAAAGCAUGCAGGGGUGCGAUUAUGUUUGGGGACAAACUCAUGCCGUCAGAAUGUUCCCUCAUAGUUGAAGAGCUGAAGCGAACAUCAUUGUGUUUUCAAUGUGCUCACGGAAGGCCAACUACAGUCCCUCUGGUGAAUCUGAAGGUAUUACAAAAGGGGGUCCUGCAGCUCGGAUCCUGGCAUGAACGUUCUAAGAAUACAUGGCAUGGACUCUGCAGGAAGGAGAUAACUCUUGAUCGUGCCAAACGUAGACUUAAUAUGGUAAAAGGCUGUGAAUGAAAAACUGAGCUUGAUAUGGUGGUAAAUGUAUAUAAAGGUCGCUUUUCUUUACGCAAUUUUGUUUUCUCUUGUAAUUCAGCAUUUCCAAUUUUAUCAUUAAAACAAAAACUUUCACCUAUAAAGAGGUAAUUUUUAAGCAUUUUGUUUCACUCAAAAAUAAAUAAAUAAA